CAGUGAUCAUCAGAGACCAAACCAAAAGAAACUUCAAACUCGAAGAGAAGAGAAAACAAAAGAAACAAAGAGAGACAAACCAACCACCAUGUUUGGUAACCGAGCCAGAGAGAUAAAGCUGCUAUGCCCUUUCCUCCAGAAGGUGACUGAACUGGUUGCGUGGGACGAACAGAAAAUCGACCUGGGCUUAAUUUCUCGGGCUUUUGGGCUCGACCCAUCAACGUUGAGGCUCAAUGGUCACUUCAUAAGUAGAGGGGUUGACCUUAUUUCUUCCUCUGUCACUUGGAACUCUCUUCUCUCUUUCUUCUCUUCUAAAGGCUUGUCCACUGGCAAAGACCACAGUGAUGCGCUUUUGGUCACUGGCAAGUUAUGCAAAGUUCGCUACAAACGAGGACAUGACUCACAAGACUUUCAAUUUGGCAUUGACAAGAUGGUGGAAGGUGACAAUGCUGGUCGCAGUAGAGGAAUUCAACUGGAAGCCAUCAACUUGCUAAAGAAUAAAAAGUUGAGAGAGAGCAACUCAGAAGGAGAGAUUCUGAAUGGCCAAAGCAGCAAGAGAAAGCAUCUAUUGGAAGAUUUCAACCUAUUCAAGAAGCUAAAAAUAACUGGGGACAAGUUAGACAUUCGAGAUAAAGUUGAUGACCUCUCUGGCUGCAUUCCACGCAGCCAGUUAACAUGCAGUUAUGCAACUAAGAAUCUGAAACGGCUAAGAGAAGACGAAGCAAUUGUGGCAGCCAAUUACAAAAGGAUUAGAUAA